GCUUACCUUCAACAGACUCAAGAACUGGUUUUACUUGAAACCAUAAUGCUACAAACCCUAGGUUUUGAGAUCACCAUUGAACACCCACACACAGAUGUGGUGAAAUGUACCCAGUUAGUAAGAGGUAAGUGAUCUUUGAAACUUUUAAAUUAAGUAUUAAUACUUUUUAAUGUCUGUAAUGAUUUGAGUGCUAUUUUGUUCUUCUGUCCUUUUCUUGAGUUUUAUUAAAAUGGGGGAAAUGUCAUUUGAAACAUUAUUUUUCAGUGUUCUGCUUAUUCAUCAACUUCUAUUUGUGGUCCUUCCUGGUGAAUUAGCUUCCUUUAAAUUUAAGUGAGCGUCUCAUUUCACUAAAAAUUGGAGGGCUUCCAAAUAUUUAGAUUCUUUCUACCUUCCCAUUGGGCUGUGCCUAUCCCAUUUCAGUUUGUAUUUAAGAUGUAACUAUUUAACAUAUAGGUGCGUAAGAUAGUAUUAAUUUCCAAUUUAUGUCAAACUUGCAUUGACUUGUUGAAAAGUGAUUAUAGUUUGAGUUUGGAGGCCAAUUUCAAACUUUCAAAUAAAAAAUGGCUUUCUUGGCGGAUUUGUCAUCUAUGGGAAUGUUUUGCCCAUGUUCAUUUGAAUAAAAUUGAUUUAAUACAUUUUAAAAAUCUUUAUCAUUAUUAAAAAUGAUUUCCUUUUUAUGUGUAGUGAGUAAAUUAUUAUAUAGCAUGAUACGUAACAGCAUGUGAUGUACCUGUUAAACCUUUUAUAAACAGGAAUACAAAGUUUUUGUAUUGUUUGCUUUACUCCUUAUAAAGCAUGUUGGUAUAUGUUGUUCUGCUCUUGUUAAUACAUCCUAUGUCUUCAUAUCUCUAGAAAUAUUUUUCACACAGAUGCAUGCAGUACUGUUAUUUCUACUUGCCUGUUUACCAUUUAAAGUGUUGUGUACUAAUAGCAACCACUUGGAACUUUUAGUGUGCCUUUUUCUGUUACUUCUUUUUGAAAAUGAAAUUUUGCAGUUUCUUUUACCAUCAGGCUUUAGGUUUAUUCUAAACAAAUUGGGUAAGACUUUUGAAGGCCUUGUUUUUCAGUGUUUUCCUAAAUGUUCUCAUAUUUUAUAUAUUCCAAAUUGAAUUCAUUUUAUACCUAGGUAGGAUUUCAUUAUGUAAUGGCUACAUUAAAAAAAAAAAGACGUGUUAUCUGGUACCACAGUUGUCAUUGUUAAAAACUGGAGUUAUAAAAAUCCCGUUUAUAUAUCUUUUAAUUCUAAUAGUACAUGUUACCAUUUGUAAACUAGAACAUAUUUAAUUAUGGUUCCUAUUCUUCAUAGUUAUAUUUUUAUAACACUUUCUCAUCCUCAGUAUUAAAGUGUAGUAUAGAGUUGUAUAGAGAAAUAGUGUAUAGAAAAACUGAAUGUUGAAUUAAGAAAAAAAAAGCUUUAGAGAAGUUUUGUUUUCCUGAAGACUUUCAAGGGUAAGCUCUUUUGUCUGAAUAAUGGAGAGCCAUAUAUUUGCCUUAAGCUGAGCUUGGUAAAGAAAGAUACUGAAGGAAGAUAUUAAUAUAGGUGAAAAUAUAUGUAUGUACAUACUUAGUAGGAAAUGAAACUGAAUUUUUAGCUUAGUAUUAUUGUGACAUUUGAGUCAGCGUCUCUUAAGUGCUUUCUAAAGAAGCUAGAGACAUAAAGCCCAUUUAUUUGCAAAAUUGAGUAGUAAAGUUCAAACAUGUAUAAAAACUAAAUUUGACAUAUAUCCAAAGUAAAAUAUUUAACUGUGAUUUUUUUAUUAUUAAUGUUUAAAAUGUGACUGAUUCUUAAAUUUUAGUACAAAUCCCAUGUAUGUUUAACUUCAUUUUGUCUGACUAACAUUUCAAGUAACUGUAAUUUACAUCUCACUCCAUUUUAAAAUGUUCUUUCAUGUUUGAUAUAUUUUUUCUUUUGCCCUAAAACCACUUUCAGCUAACAGCAGAACAUUUUCCCUACAUUCCUCUCUGUUGCAGUGACUUUUAAUAGGAUACUGAAAGUUCAUAUAUUCUGAGGUGAAAACUGCAAUGGCUUGACACAACAUUGUAAAAUGAUUAUAAAUCAAUAAAAAAUGUUAAAAAAAAAAAAAAGAAAGAAAGAAAGAAAGAAAACUGCAAUGGCAAUUGAAAAUUAUUUUUACUUCCUUCUCUGAAUAUUUUGAUUAUUUUGAUUCUUUUGUGGGAUGGGGGUGGGGUAAAUGUGUGUUUUUUUCUAAGUCCUCCCUCCCCCCCACCCCACCCCACCCAUCCCUACCCCAACCCCCGGAGAUGAGAAAGUUAUUAUGCUACUUUGCUGCAGAAUUGGCUAAUGUCAUUUUACAGGGACCUUUCAUUUCUGUGAUUUCUCCUUCCCUCCCCACCAGGAAAGAAUGCCAUACUUAAGUCACACUGCCUCCAAGACAUCUGAUGCUUUGACACUCUUCCUUAGCACAACUCUGCUAAACCCAAAUCCCUUUUGUAAACCUUUAUGUUGAUGAUCCACAUGGGGCAGCGGGGGAAUAACAGGUGCCACGAAUGAAAAUAGGAGGGGGGCAAGGAAUGUUGAGACCUGUUAGAGAGGGAUGAGUUGAGGUGAACUGAUCCUAGGUGAGCAGAGGGGAAAGAUACAUCAGUGAUGAUGAAUAUACCUGGAAAAGGGGGGGGGGGGGCAGAGGCACCCUGUUGGGAAGAAUAAGAAGUAGAAUAAGGGAGCGGGGGACUGUUUUCAAUUUCAGUGUCUUAAGAAGCUAGUUAAAAAUUGCUUUUCUACUGGGGACCAGUAUUGAAUCAUCCUGAUUCCUUCUAGACUUGUAUCUUUUCUAAAGUUGUCAUUAAUUGGAUUAUAUAAUUAAAAAUGAUACAGUGGCAUUUUCUAUGUCUACAUCCUUAUGAUGUUUCUGGGUUAUUCUUUUGAUGCUUAGUAGCGUGAUGAAAAACUCAGUUUGUGCUCUGAGUUUCAGGGGUGGGGGUUUGUUUUGUUUUGUUUUCUUUUGUUUCUUUUGGUGAAAGUACUUAAGCCAACUUAAAUAUGAUGACAAUCAGGAUUAAGUCUGGCAGGCAACUCUUUGUAUUUUGUGUUAGACUUCAAAAUCUUUUCUUCUUCUUCUUCUUUUUUUUUUUUUUAAAUCCAGGAGAAUGCUUUAUUGCAACUUUUAGCUGACUAGAUGCUUAACUUAGUAACAAGUUUAGCCCUUGUAACUGGCUAGCUAAAAGCAAAUCGGCUUGUUUCUCAGAUCUUUGGGGGAUAGCAAGAAACAUUUGAGUGAAUGUUGUUGAAGAUUUUCAGUAGUAUAGAAAAUGAUGGCGCUCUUGUGAUAUUUGUAAGUACAAGCAAGGAUUUGGCACAGACAUCCUAUUUCAUGGCUACCAACAGUCUGCAUCUUACAACCUUCUGUCUUCAGUACAAACCAACAGUGAUAGCAUGUGUAUGCAUUCAUUUGGCUUGCAAAUGGUCCAAUUGGGAGAUUCCUGUGUCAACUGAUGGAAAACAUUGGUGGGAAUAUGUGGAUCCUACAGUUACUCUGGAAUUACUAGAUGAGCUAACACAUGAGUUUCUGCAAAUAUUGGAGAAAACACCUAGUAGGUUGAAGAGGAUUCGAAACUGGAGGGCUACUCAGGCGGCUAAGAAACCAAAAGUAGAUGGACAAGUAUCAGAAACGCCACUUCUUGGUUCAUCUUUGGUCCAGAAUUCCAUUUUAGUAGAUAGUGUUACUGGUGUGCCUACAAACCCAAGUUUUCAGAAACCGUCUACAUCAGCAUUCCCUGCACCAGUACCUCUAAAUUCAGGAAAUAUUUCUGUUCAAGACAGCCAUACAUCUGAUAAUUUGUCAGUGCUAGCAACAGGAAUGCCAAGUACCUCAUAUGGUUUGUCAUCACACCAAGAAUGGCCUCAACAUCAAGAGUCGGCAAGGACAGAACAGAUAUAUUCCCAGAAACAGGAGACGUCUUUGUCUAGUAGCCAAUACAACAUCAACUUCCAGCAGGGACCUUCUGUAUCACUGCAUUCAGGAUUACAUCACAGACCUGACAAAAUUUCUGAUCAUUCUUCUGUUAAGCAAGAUUAUACUCAUAAAGCAGGCAGCAGUAAACACCAUGGGCCAAUUUCUGCUACUCCUGGAGUAAUUCCUCAGAAAAUGUCUUUAGAUAAAUAUAGAGAAAAGCGUAAGCUAGAAACCCUUGAUCUGGAUGUGAGGGAUCAUUACAUAGCUGCCCAGGUAGAACAGCAGCACAAACAUGUACAGUCCCAGGCAGCCAGCAGCAGUUCUGUAACUUCUCCCAUUAAAAUGAAAAUUCCCAUUACAAAUGCUGAAAAACCUGAAAGAUACAUGGCAGAUAAGAAGGAAAAGAGUGGAUCACUGAAAUUGCGGAUUCCAAUACCCCCCACUGAUAAAAGUGUCAGUAAAGAAGAACUGAAAAUGAAGAUAAAAGUUUCUUCCUCAGAAAGACACAGCUCUUCUGAUGAAGGCAGUGGGAAGAGCAAGCACUCAAGCCCACAUGUUAGCAGGGACCAUAAGGAGAAGCACAAGGAGCAUCCCUCAAACCGCCACCACCCCGGCAGUCACAAGCAUUCCCACUCGUACAGUGGCAGCAGCAGUGGGGGCAGUAAACACAGUGCUGAUGGAAUACCACCCACUGUGCUGAGGAGUCCUGUUGGCCUGAGCAGUGAUGGCAUUUCCUCUAGUUCCAGCUCUUCAAGGAAGAAGCUGCAUAUCAAUGAUGCAUCUCACAACCAUCACUCCAAAAUGAGCAAAAGUUCCAAAAGUUCAGGUAGUUCAUCUAGUUCUUCCUCCUCUGUUAAGCAGUAUAUAUCCUCUCACAACUCUGUUUUUAACCAUCCCUUACCCCCUCCUCCCCCUGUCACAUACCAGGUGGGCUACGGACAUCUCAGCACCCUCGUGAAACUGGACAAGAAGCCAGUGGAGACCAACGGUCCUGAUGUCAAUCACGAGUACAGUACAAACAGCCAGCAUAUGGACUACAAAGACACAUUCGACAUGCUGGACUCGCUGUUAAGUGCCCAAGGAAUGAACAUGUAAUCAUUUGUUUAGGUCAAUUUUUCCUUUACUUUUUUAAUUUAAAAAUUGUUAGAAUGGAAAACUUCCUCCUGAUCUAGCAGUGGUUAACACCUGCUGUUGCUGCCACUGCUUCAAUAUUUGUAAGUGCUGCUUUAUUCUUCAUUCUGAAAAGAAGAGAUUAUAGUAAACAAGUCUUUAUCUCCACAUAUGAUAGUGUUAUAAAUACUGUAACAGCAUGGAAGGUGCAAAACUCAGUAUUUCUGCAAUUGCAGCUAAGAACAUUAGGAUGAAUGGCUGGCUGCUUCUAGGAAUAUAAGAUGCCUCAAGCAUUUGUUAUUUAUAAUUUGAAUACUGUAGCUAUUUUUUGUUGCUUGGCUUUUGAAUGAGUGUAAAUUGUUUUCUUUUGUGUAUUUAUACUUGUAUGUAUGAUUUGCAUGUUUCAAUGAUAAAGGGAUAAAACAGUAUACUGACAACUGUUUACAAGAAAGUGGAGAAAAAUGUACAUACAUUUUUGUAUGUUUAGAUAUUACCAUAAAUACUCAGGAUUGGAGCUGCUUGUAAGUAUAACAAUAUACAGAAUAACUUUAUUUUAUCUUGUCAGAGUCCAUCACUAAUCUAAAAUAAAGGUGGCACUUUUUCAUGUUAACCUUAAACUCUAGGCCUUACUGGAAGCCACUGAAGGGGGACACUUCACUACCAGAUGGGUAUGCAGUGCCACAGAUGGUCAUUUACACUGUGAGGCACUGAUUCUGCCUUCAGAGGUUCUGACCAGAUUGGCUGCUGAAAUAGCCCCUAAUUUUCUGAAGGCUUGAAGAGGAAAAAAUAAAGUUUACAUACUCUAGAUGUGAAGUGCAUUUAAAUGUUUGUUGGCUUGUUGCAGUACUAUAAACACGGAGCUGUUAAUAAUGGUUAUGUAGAUGACUGUGAUUUGAAAACUAAAUUCACAAAAACUUACAUUAGUGAAGAAUUAGUAAGUUUUUUUCUUAAAUAAAAAACUUUAACACUACAUAUUUCAACAGUAAACAGGAAUCGCUUUUCCUUUAGCAUUCAGAAUAACACCACGUUCUUAAACAUACUCCUCCCCUGAAGUGUGUUUGUGUGUGAUGCCAUAUUUCUUUUUCAGGUAAACACAGUCUUCCUUAUAAAAAUGAAAUUAAACCUAUUGCUAUCUCAGUUCUUUUAUAUUCUAAUAAUAAAUAAAACAAAAAGAUGACUGACUGUGCACUGUACCUGUAUUUAUAGCUUAUAGUUGUUAUCAGGAAGCUCUGAGGAAAAAAAAAAAAAGUCAGCCUCCAGGUAAACAGCUAGUGGAGGUUUUACAUUUGUUUGCACAUCUCAGUAUAUUCCUGUUGAGGUCAAGUUUGCACAGUCUUCUGACUUCUGAACAAACAACAGACUUAAACUUGUUUAAAAUUUGUCUUAAAUGCCAGUAAUAUGGCUCUGGUUUAUCAGCUAAUCUUCAAUUCUGUGGUAAAUCUUUGAGAUGGGUUGGAUUCAGCUUCUUUUGAACUGAAAACUGUCUUAAUUUUUCCUCUAUGUAUAUGAAUUAUUUUUGUUACAAAGCCACUGAUAUGUGCACAAUUGUAAUUUUACUCAAGUAUGUUGCAGUUGUAAAUACUAGAGUUUAACCUUGUGCUCUACUUUUAUUUAGCAAUUACCUGAUUUGCCAGUAGCUUUAUAAUUUUUUUAAGAUAAUUGUUCAUUAUUUUGUCAAUGUUAUUUGAAUUUAGGAUACUAGGAGCCUCUUUCUAGGGACUUUGCCUAGCUAGCAUGUCCUAACUUUGUUCUUGUCUUGCAUAACUUUAGUAAUCUUUGUCAUUUCAUGUAACUUUAUUGCUCUGUAUGGCAUAUUAUUGUAUCCAUAAACAUGGUAAUUUUGAUACAGUUAUACUUUUACAGUGGUACAUAAUCCAAGGACUAGUAUAGAAUUAAGAUGAGUGCAAGAUGAGGGAGGGAAGGGUUUUGUUCUUGGUGAUUUAGAUGUGAAACCUCUAAGGAGCUAUCAUGUGAAACGACAUAAAGUUGUCGUGCUACUGUAUGAUUGGGGGUGAUGAUACCAGGAAUUUUAAUAAGAUUUUGUAAAGAAUAUCCAGAAAAGUAGUGAACUUAUUUUCAGUAUGACAUAGAAAACAAUGUGAAUAUUUAAGGUCUGUGACUAUACCUAAACUUCACUAAGAAUUUGCAGAAUUGUUUUGAGAUGUGAGAAUAAAGGUAAUUUUGUUGAAUCUUUAUUGGUGCUAAUGAUGGACAGUUAAAAAGGUAGCUAGUGUAUAUUGUUAUGGGUCAGUACUUAUUAGUACUUCCAAAAUUGAAUUUGAAAUGCUGUGUAUUCACUUUUCACUCUGUAAAUGUAAUUCUUUACAAUGACUUUAUUUAUUAAAGGGCAGCCAGUUAUAAUUUUUACAGGAUUGUGUGAGCUAUUCAAACUCUUUAACCUCUGAACAGGUUAUUAGCUUCUAAAACCACAAUGGGGAUAAAUAUGGAAAUCCUUUUAAGUUUCAUUUCCAUUAAAUGAGAACCCUUAUAGUUCAUUGCAAUGAAUUUACUUUAACCAUCUCAUUUGCAUAAAGUAGUUCAUCAGCCUGGUCCUGAUAGGCUCAACCAAAGAAAAAGACUCCAAUGAAUGGACAUUAUUACUGAGUCUUCUUGUAAGUAGCCAUAAAUAAACCAAAAUAGUAUCAAAUUUAGGUGUGAAAUUCCACAUGUGCAAGUACUGUUAAGGUGAUACAUUUUUGAUGAGAUUUUUAAAAAUAUUUGAACUAUUAAAAAACAUUAUCUUUAAACAUCCUAUAAAAGAGUGAUUCAUUUUUUAGUUGUGUUUUCCCUAGAUCAUAGAUGUGUUACCUUUACACAGAAGCACAUUACAUAGAAAGACUGUACUUCUACCUCUUUCAAGUAAUUUUCUGAUAUUGAGCUGUGCCCCUAAAUAUUUGCCUUAGCUAUUUUAAAAUACAGUACUUUCAGAACCAAAGCAAAGGAGUGUUUUUUUUUUUUUUCACAGAAACAUUCUCAGAGGCCUGCUUUACCAAAAAAACUGGUGGUGGUAUCCUUGCGUGGUAAGACCGUGCAAAGUGUCCUAGUUCCUGUUUCUUGUUUUACCUAAGGUUCAUUUUUUUGUUUGUUUUUGCAGAUAAUUAAAUACUGAAACAUCUUGUAGUCACCCCUCAGUUUGUCUUUGAAAACCAUUACAUGGGCAUCUUGACCUUCCUCUGUGUAUGCAGCUUCAUUCUGGCUAGAGUUCUUAAAGAGUACAAGAAAAUUUCUGCCAUGAUACGUGGUUUCAUGCAGAACGUCAUGAGGGGUGCUUACAUUACUUUGUACCAACGGAUUAUGAGUAUGUAGGAUACCUUGCUUUUCUGACCUAUCUCUCGUCUUUGAACUAAAGAAAUGGCUAGCUGAGGGCUACUUCAGAUAACCAAAUUUAAAGUGUUUUUGUUAGUUACCAAAUGUCUUGCCUUAAAAGCAUUUUUAAGCACAUUUUUUGGUUAUAUUUGAGAAUUUAAAUUACUGGUUUUUAUUCCUUAACCAGUCUUAGAAACAAACUACUGCUUACAUAUGCAUCACUGUUAUGUACUCUGAGUACCCUUGGUUAUUAGAUAUGUUAGGGUUUUGCAUAUACUAUGGAGAUAAGUAAAGAUUUUUUAAAAACAUGGUUAUAUCUCUAAAGAAAGACACUUCUACUGUCAAGAUAUCUCACCAUUCCCAUAUUUUAUCUGAACAAAAAAACAGUUGUUUCUCACCUGCUGUGCUUAAAUAGCUAGGUGAUUUUUAAGAUGUCUUUGCUGAGGAAAAUUUGAGAGCUUUUGUUAUAAAGAAUUCUUGAUUCAACAGUCUCAGCUUUCUUGGGAGGCAGUAGGAUUCACUAACUACAUUUAUCCAGAUGAAAGAUAAACAAAUCGCACACAUGGGGAAGACUUGGUGGCACAUGCUAAUCUUGUGUGCCCAUUUGGUUAUAUAGACUGACAUAGGGAUUUUAGCAUUGGAAAAGCAGCUCAUUCUGUCCCUGCCCUCCUAGGGUGCCAAGAUAUGGUACCAAUGUGUUAAUUUGAGAAUUCACAGCUAUAUUAAUAAUCUGAAAUGUGAUUGCUAUAAAUUGGCACAUAUGUAAGCCAAAUAAUCAGUAAUUUGUGUUACAAGAGAAGUUUGCCUCUGAACCAUCUGUCUUUACUAUAGAGAUGAUCUUGCCAGUGGGUCUGAAGUGCUCUCAAGUUUCUGGCACUGUGCAUCCAUUUCUUUAUUCCACAGUGUCAAUUUGGGCACAGCCAGCUUUUGUUUCUGUGACCUCUCUUUUUCUGUUAAUUUGCUAGUAUGUUUUCUGCCUGAAAUCUCUUAAUUUAAGGUAGCUUGAUAAGCAAGACACAUUUGAAGGCUGUCUGACUAGGAGUAGUUUUGAUCUCAGAAACAUGACUUAACCUGUUCGCUGUGAUCCAUUAAUCUCAAAAGUGAAUUCUGAGGGCUAAUUUCCUUUAUUUCCAAGUUUGGGGAAGAAGCCUCACUUAAAACCUGUUUAGUAGUUGGUUUAACUUCAUUUGCCUGUUGUUAAGUAAAGAGUACAUUCUUUUUUAAGCUGUUUUCCAGCAGCUUCACUUAGUUUAAAAACUUCACAUGUGCUCAUUUAUUAUCAGCAGUAAUUGGGAUUUUGUUUUCUGAAUGUACUCAAAACCCCCAAGGACUUUUGAAUAGGAUGUUUGCUGAUAGAAAAUCCAAAACAGGAAGAUGUGUAUAUGGUAUGAUUCAAUUAGACAUUGAAUUUCAGCUGAGUAUCUAUUAUAAGGAAUUAUUAAUAAAGUUUGUUUAUUGACAACAUAAAUCCAAGGCUCUUAACAUGUCUUGUUAAUGUGAAUCAAAUAACUUUCAGUCCCUGGGAGAUGUGGGAAAUAAGGUCUUUAAUAUAAAAGUUACUUUUUAUUUGGAUGACUCCAUUUUUUUUAUGGCCACUGGGAUCAGAUUGUCCAUUUUUCAGUCUCAACACCAUCACUUAGUAGCUGUCUUUGGGGAAAUCGCGUGACUUUGUGCCUGGAUUUCCUAAUCUAUACAAUGUCAGUAAUAGUACCUGUUUGUUCAGUUGUGGGGCUUAAGGCAUGGGUGAUGGAGGAGGGCCAAAUAGGAUAGGUGGCAUUGAAGAGAAUCCUAAUAGAAAUACAUUUGGGAUAUUGGAGAGAGUGAUGAAGCCCAAUCCAGGUACAGUAAACUUGAGUGUGUGGAACAUUGCUUGCCUCCUGUUUCCAGAGUUUAAGUUCUUCAUUCUGAUUCAUACUUUGGGAUUUUCUUGUGUACAUUAUUGCAUCACCUCCACAAAAAGCACUGAGUAACUGGAAUUGUCUGGAAGAGGGAUUAUCCAUGAAAAAUUUUAAUCAUAAACUGCUUAAUAUUGCUUCUCUCUCCUACCCCUUCUUCCCUCCGUCACCAAUUUUCUUGCAACUCCCACUUGAAAGGAAAUGGAAGCCUUGCAAUGGCUUUCAUAAACUAGAACUAGGAUAGAAGAGCUACUUCCUCCAAUAUGCAUUUUAAGCCUAAAUGUAAAGUAAAUGCUUUGAAAUCACCAUAAAAGAUUUGUCUUCAUUUUGUGUUAACACCAGUAAGGGCUUUUUUUUUUUUUUAAAGCACAUAAUAAACUUGAGUUUUACUUAGGAACAUUACCAAGUCGAUUUCCAUUUAACCAAAGUUAGUGAUUCCAUUUAGUAAUUCAUCCUACUCCAUUGUUUCUUCCCUCUUUUUCUUCCCUGCUGUUACAAUAUAGUGGAAAAAAUUGUACAUUUUUGUUUUAACUCUAGUAUGACCUGCCUGUUCCCUCCUAACACCACCUCCCAAAGCAAUAUAGGCUUCACCAAAUGAGGGUUUUUCAUCAUAUUGCCAUAAAAUUAACAGGCUUAUUGAGACCUUACAAAUGUCCAGGCACACACCCAAGAUCAGUUUUCUUUAGUCUUUCAGGUCAUAAUGCGUAGGAGCAAUUGCUUUAGAGGCGACUUCAGACAUGGUUUUUCACAAGGAUGAAAAGGCAUGGCAGCAGGAAAAGUACGGCAGCUUUUCCUCGGGACUGCUUGCCCUUUCAGCUUUUCACAUAGCCAUACGCAAACACUCUUGUUAACUUCGUUCAUCGUCAUUGAAGACACAGACUGCUCACCCCUAGUGCUUUAGAGUUGAAUCACCUGGAAAGCUUUUUCAAAAUGCAAGUUGCUGUAUUGCAUAGCUGCUCUAAACGGAAUACUUGUCAGUGCAAGUCUGAGGAAUAAAGAUGGCCUGGUAGGUGAUGGAGGCUUUCGAUGCUCAUUGAGCAGAUUUAGUGGGUUUUUAUCUUGGAGCUACUCAUUCCACCACGGCCGGGACUGCUGUCGUGGUCAAGCAGGAGAGGGUGGAGCAAGUGAAUGGAAUGCUGUACACUCCCCAGCCCUAUACUGUAGAGCUCGCUCGCUCGCUCGCUCUUUCCCACUGUGGCAGCUCCCCUAAUUCAGCCUCUGAGAAAUGGCCACAGUGUAAAGGCUAAAGUAGGUUAACGUUAGAGAGAUGCUAUUGAGUUGGAACUUGUAGGAUUUUACUUGGGAAGUUAAAUUUCCUUUGGUUGACUGUGAGGCCCUUUCAGUAUGUAUUGAAGUGCACUUCUGAAUGUGAUUGAAAACUGGGGCAGUGUUCAUGGUGAGAAGGGAGGUAGUCAUAGAAGGGAAGGCAAUGUUGCUACUAAGUGAAAAAUGAAAAGAUUUUGACACCAUUAAAGUAAUCAAAAUCACUAACUGGACCAGUGAAUUUAUCAGCAUCAUUGGAGUUUUGUUUGCUCUGAGUAAACCUUAAUGUUGUAACCAAUUACAUUUAUUAACUACAAAUCUGAGAGGCAGCAGGGAAAGGGCACUGAAAUCAGACAUCUGGAUGGCAAUCCUAACUCCCCACUACCAGUUGGAGUGACCUUAAGAAAGUUACUUAGCCCUGAGCCCUAUUGUUCAUUAAGUGAAACUACUACCAACCCAAAUAACAGCCAGAAUUGAAUUAAAUGAUGUACCUUUAUUAGUUGAGUGAAUGCUAUCCCUCCCAGCCCCCACCGUUCUACACUCAGUCUUCUUUCAGGACCUAUACCUCCUAAAGGAAGAUACAAAAGGAGCAAACACGUGGCAACUGAUAGGAACGUAAUUCCAAUCUUCAUGUCUUAAAACAGUGAAAGACAAAACAACAGAAAGCUUUUAGAACCAACACUUGCCUAUUAAAAAUGUACAACUUUUGAAGGUUCUGCUAAAUAUUCCAAGAUAAAGUUCAGUAUUCUAUAUCAAUAGAAGAGGGGUAGGUUUGUUAACACCAACUUCAUGUGUCCAUUACUGUGAUCUGUAUACAUAGCGUAAACUGUCUUAGUCCCUGCCCUUUCCCCAUCGGGUUUGAGAGGUUUGAAUGUAAAGUUAAUUGCUCCAGAAUCAGACAUAAUGAUUCAGAUUUUAAAGAAUGCUGAAAUCGCUACUAAAAUUUUAAAAUUAAGCCCUACUUAAAGUGCUCAUGUACAAGUAAGUAAAAUAAGGGGACACAUCCCUUAAGUUCUCAUCGAAUAUGAGGGGAAAACUAUCCUAGCUGGAGAGAGAGCAGGAAGGAAUUCCCACAAAGACCCUUCUAAAUGUGACCAAAGUAACAUCUACCUCAGCCGGACUGCAUUUCGCAUUUAUUUCAGAAGCUUCUGGAGGAGCAGCUUGGUUUUGACAAAGCCUGACAACCAGUGUUAGAAAACACCUAAAAUUAGUUUGUAGUCCCAUCUUCAAAUGAUAGCAGCCAGUGAAAAGAAUCUAGAUUUAGCUUAAAGAUACAUAUAUAGGUAUCAAUGAAAUUUAGUAGGUGAGUGGAGGCACAGCAACGGAAACCUUAUCAAAAAAAUACUUCGUCCACCAACUUAAAGUAAGGCCUAGUGAUAAUUCUGACAACUUGUCCAUGUUCAUUAUUGUGAGGUUUUCCGGUAUUCUGGGAGUGAAAGUGGGAGGUGACCUCAGCAGGAGGAGGAGUCCUUCCUUCAGGGGAAGUCAGCAAAGUGCCCUGGAAAGGUUUAUAUGCUGACCUGCUCUCCCCUUCUCAGAUCGAGCUUUUACCCCACCAGCUGGCUGCGGUUUAUGACCUGAUUCACUCUGCAAAUAAGUGAAGACCUCCAGUCACACUAUAAACUACAAGGAAAGCAGCCUGAGGUGUAAGGAGCCACCUGCAAUCGCCCAACUUCUUGUGGGUGGAGACUUCUAAGGAGUUAGGGGAGCCCCUGAUAAUGAAAGGCCAAGACCCUUAGCUCUCUUCCUGUUAACUUGGAGGUUCCUGUGAUCUGCAACGUUUAGACUGCUGCCUACGUAAACAGUCUAGCAUUGUUCUACUCCCUUUAACUUUCCACCCUCCUCCACUCGCCUUUGCAAGAAUUUAAGCGUUUUUUACCCACUAAACAAGAAAAUACAAUUUUGUUCUUGUUUCUAUAAUUUUAAACUGAUGACUUUAAAAUUGGCAGGCCAAAAAUAAAAGGAAAUAAUCAUAUAAAGCAAUAGAGAUCAUAGUUCCUAAAUAGUCAAAACUGUAAAUACUGGAAUAGUUUUUUGUUGUUGUCGUUACUGUUUUAAGAAGAGUUUCUCAUAUUGUACAUGGGUAAUUGUGCCUGAAGCGCAAGGAGGCUAUCUGUAACUAAAACCUUUCUGUUAGCGACACUGCACGAUCUGGUUAAAUUGGGUUACAUCAGUUUUCCAGUAGGGAGACAAGGGCCCUUAACCAUCAUUUCCACCAUGAAGCAGUACUGGAGUAUCCGUAAUGCAGCUGGAAAGAGUUUUGAUGUCUGUUCAGUGACUUGUCUUCAAAAAGGAGUGCUGCAGGAGCUGCACAGCAGAAGGUCGUGCAUGCUGGUCCCUAAGAAGGAAAAACAUGUUAGAAGCAACA